AUGACCAAGGCCCCUUUCUCUGUGGAGUGGCUGUCCCAGAGCAGUCAGGCCCUCAAGAGCUCCAUCGAGAGCUCACCGCAUGGAGCAUCCUCUGUGGGCCACCGCCCCGGCUCCGGCUCUCGGCCUGGCUUGAGGGAGCGGAGUAAGGAGCAGUCUGCCGGCCCGCGGGCCAGGAGAGGCAGCAGGAGCAGAGAGCGCUUGGCGACCGCCCCAGCUACAGGUAAUCACGGGCUCCGCGACCGGCGGGUAUCUUGGUGCUCUCGCGGCGGGAGGAGGAGGACGGGCCUUGUACCAACCCCCGGGGCCCCUGUAAAGUGCAAAUGUGAAGCGGCUGCCCAGAGGCGAAAGCGGGGAGCCGGGCACCGCCAGGGUUCCUGGGCCUGGGUGACCCUUUUCUCCGUUUGCUCUGUCCCAGGAGCGGGCGGGCAACCCCAGCCGGAGGCCGGUCCCGAGUGCUCGAGUGCGGAGGAGCCCGGUGGCAGGGGCGGGCGGCGGCUGCGCACGGCCUUCAGCGCGGAGCAGAUCAGCACCCUGGAGAGCUCCUUCCAGCGUCAACAGUACCUGGGCGCCGCUGAGCGCCGCAAGUUGGCGGGCAGGAUGCGGCUCUCGGAGGUGCAGAUCAAAACCUGGUUUCAGAACCGUCGGAUGAAGCUCAAGCGGCAGCUGCAGGAACUGAGGACAGAGCCUUUCUGCAGCCCUCCUCUCCCUUACGGACCUCAGAGUGGCGUUGUGCCUUUGCCUCUCACAUACGUGGCCCGGCCACCACCUCUGCCCCAGCAAGGGGCUGCCUCUGGAGGUUUCAACUUGGCGGCGCUCCCGGCACCCACCCUGGACCUCAGCAGCGCCUGCAGAGCACAGCCUGUGGGCUUUUGGGCGGCGCCCUGCUUUGUAGGGUACAGGGAUCCCAGAGCUUUCUUGCUGGGUGUCUGA